CAUCGAAUAAUUAACAUCACAAGAAAUUAACCUUCGAUCUUAUCUUAUCGAUAUCAUGGAGAAGAAACAGGUGGUGAUCAUUGGAGCUGGAAUCAGCGGUCUUUUAGCAUGUAAAUACUGUCUCUCUAAAGGCUUCAAUCCCAUCGUUUUCGAGUCACAAUCCGAUAUUGGUGGAGUAUGGGCUAAAACCAUAAGAACCACCAGGCUACAGUCGUUCAAGGGUUCGUUCCAGUUUUCCGACUUCCCAUGGCCUUCUUCAGUGACCCAAGACUACCCUACACAGCACCAACUCCUAAACUAUCUACGGUCUUACGCCACUCGUUUCGACUUGAUGAACCACAUUCAGUUUAAUUCCGUGGUGAAGGGAAUCGAGUACGAUGGGCCACCGACACCGUCACGAGAAACCUUUCCACAAGGCAAAUGGAAAGUCACAGUUGAGAACAGUCAAAGUACAAAGGUGCAUGAUGCAGAUUUUGUGAUUUUGUGCGUGGGAAGAUUCAAAGAUUUUCCAAACAUACCAGAGUUUGCUCCAGGAGCUGGCCCUGAGGUGUUCAGAGGCAAAAUGAUUCACUCCAUGGAAUAUGCUGCUAUGGAUCACCAAGAAGCUGAAGAAUUCAUUAAAGGGAAGAGCGUUGUUGUUGUGGGGUUUCAAAAACAAGGACUCGAUAUYGCAAUGGAAUGUUCAUCVGUAAACGGAAAGGAGAAUCCAUGUACCAUUUUAUAUAGAAACGACCGAUGGAAGCUACCUGAUUUCAGUCCAUGGGGAAUUCCCCUCUCGUAUUUGUACUUCAAUCGCUUCUCCGAGCUUCUGGUUCAUAAGCCCGGUGAAGGUUUCCUACUUGGUCUAUUGGCAACCAUUCUAUCACCUCUGAGAUGGGGUAUUUCAAAGCUUGUCGAAACCCACGUCAAAAAGAAGAGUCCUCUCGCCAAAUUCGACAUGGUACCAAAGUGUAGCUUCUCAAAAGAUCUACGUUCGGGUUUAGUUUCAAUAAUGCCUGAGGACUUCUUCAACCGAGUUGAAACGGGAAGCAUUUUGUUAAAGAGAUCUCCCGGUUUCAGCUUUUACCAAGAUGGCAUCCUGAUCGAUGGAGAGAAUAAACCAACACUGGCGGAUAUCGUCAUAUUAGCUACCGGAUUCAAAGGGAUUCAGAAGCUUCAAAGCAUCUUCAUGUCACAAGAUUUGCGUGACUUCAUCGCGCCUUCACCGGAUUCUCGAGUUCCUCUCUACAGAGAAUGCAUUCCACCAAGAAUACCACAAGUAGCAAUAAUUGGAUUCUCAGAAAGUAUAUCAAACCUGUUCACAUCAGAAAUGAGGUGCAGAUGGGUGGUAGAGCUUCUGGAUGGGACAUUCAAACUGCCAAGCAUCAAAGAGAUGGAGAAAGAUAUCUCAAAUUGGGAUGAAUACAUGAAGCAAUCUGCUGGUGAAUAUCACCAGAGGUCUGUAUUGGCUGCUAUCGAUAUAUGGUACAACGAUCAACUUUGCAAAGACAUGGGUUGGAACCAUCGACGGAAGAAUGGGAUGUGGGCUGAAUUAUUUGAACCUUAUGGUCCCAUGGAUUAUAUAUCAUAAUUAAUCCCUACCCAUAAGUUCAUCGUCAUUAAUAACAAGUUUUCAUAUGAUUUGUGUUCAUUUUUGGUCAAAAAUGGAAUAAAACAACAAUAUAAUACCAGGCUUAUUUAAUAUCAAAAAUGGGAUGGCCGAGAGGGUCUCAUCUUUUAUG